AUGUGUCCACCUCCUCCUCCUCCCCGGUCAUACUCCUCCUCUUUCUCCUACAACAACAUCGAGCUCCCUCCUCCCCUCUCAUAUGCCUUCUCCUUUUUCUCCUACAACAAACGCCCUCCUCCGCCUUCUCGGUUCCCCCACCAACGCAAGCGAGCCGUGAUAUGUGGCAUAAAUUACAAGGGAAUGGGGAAGAAUACGGAGCUCGAUGGCUGCACUAACGAUGCCAUUUCAAUGCAGGCCUUGCUGGAUAGUGAGUUCAAAUUCCCUGCGUCUUCCAUUCGCAUGCUCACUGAAAUGAAAGGUCAUCAGGCCCCUACCAAGACAAACAUAACGUUAGCACUACGUUGGCUUGUGCAAGAUUGUCAAGCUGGAGAUUCGUUGGUGUUUUAUUUUUCCGGUCAUGGUGAUCAGAAGCCGAACAACACAGGAGACGAGGAGGACGAACUAGACGAGACACUCUUACCCUUAGAUUACGGGACUAAGGGAGUGAUCGUUGAUGACGAGAUCAAUGACAUUAUUGUCCGACCUAUUCCGGCUGGUGUCAAGCUGCAUGCUAUUGUGGAUGCUUGCCACAGUGGUACUGUUCUUGACUUGCCGUUUCUUUGUAAAAUAGACAAAAGUGGACGGAGGUGGUUCUGGAAGGAACAUAGAGGACCUAAGAAAGGUGGUGUUUGGAAAGGAACAAAAGGUGGAGAGGUCAUUUCCUUUAGCGGAUGUGAUGAUCAUCAGAAUUCUGUGGAGAAAGGAAUCCCACGAGGUGCAAUGACUUGGGCUUUCAUCGAUGCCAUUGAUCGAGGGUGUGGAAAUACAUAUGGAAACUUGUUGCUUGCAAUGCGAUCUACCGUGGUUAAGGAUUGUAUUGAUGCAGCCUCACCGAUACAAGAACCACAGCUAACUUCAAGUGAAGUGUUUGAUGUAUUCACCAGGCCUUUCUCCCUAUAG